AUGUCCCUUCGCACGCUGCUCAAGACCAUGGGUUCAGAAAUCAAGAAAGUGCCUAUCCCCCGCCGUGGGGUCGACUAUAGGGGCAAGAUCGUUCUUGCGCCGAUGGUCCGCUCCGGUGAACUUCCUUCUCGCCUCCUGGCUCUGCACUAUGGCGCAGACUUGGUAUGGGGCCCCGAAACCGUUGAUAAGGCCAUGAUCGGCACCACUCGCAGAGUGAAUCCUGUUACGAAGACGAUCGACUGGACCAAGAUCCCCUCCUUCGGGCAGAAGAACCCCCCAAAGACCAUACCCGAGGCCAUGGUCUUCAGUACACACCCGGAGAAAGAGGCGGGCAAGCUGAUCUUUCAGAUUGGAACCGCCGACCCGGACUUGGCAGUGCAAGCGGCCAGACUCGUCGCAGCGGAUGUAGCCGGUAUCGACGUCAAUGCUGGCUGUCCCAAGCCCUUUAGCAUCAGCGGCGGAAUGGGAGCGGCUCUUCUGAAGACACCUGAUAAGCUUUGUGCGAUCUUGGAGGCUUUGGUCGCAAACAUUAUGCCGGAGUUCGAGAUCGGCAUCAGCGUCAAGAUUCGCCUCCUUGAUACCCCAGAACAGACAGAGGCUCUCGUGCGGAAGCUUUGCGCCACCGGCAUUACUGGCCUCACCAUUCACUGCCGAACGACUCCUAUGAGACCCAGAGAGCGAGCGAUCCGUGAACAACUCCGCAUGGUUGCGCAAGUCUGUCACGAAGCUGGCGUUGCUUGCAUCAUGAAUGGCGACGUUGAAAGCCGAGAUCACGCAGUGGACUUGAUCAAGGAAUACGGUGUCGAUGGCGCCAUGAUUGCAACCGCCGCGGAGUCGAACUCAAGUUGCUUCAGGUCAAAAGUUGACGGAGGUCUCGCCACCUGGGAGGAAAUCGCGGCGACUUAUGUCAAGUAUGCUCUGGAAGUCGACAACAAGUACGGCAACACCAAGUAUCUGUUGUGUCAGAUUGUGCCGGGCAAGAGUGCGAUGUAUCAGAAGAUGAACCAGUGCAAGAGCUAUACCCAGAUGUGCCGCGCCCUCGGGCUCGAGGACCUCGUGGAGCUCGCUCAACAGACAGACUUGAACAAGGGCGUUGAUCCGGAAAAGGGGCUAAACAAGGGCGGAAAGAAGAGCAACCCAAGCGCCAUGGCAGCUGGUGGCAAAAUGGCCGAGAGCCGUGCCAACCAGGCCCCUCGCAAUAAGUCUCAACGGGGCGUCAACGCUCCGUCGGAAGUCCCGCCAGCCCAGCCGGUUCAGUCCACUGCUGCCGCCCUCCAGACAUGA